AUGGAUAGAGAUAGAUUUCAAAGAUUUCUUGGUGCAGCAGCGGCGGGCCAAGCUCCUGUAAUGGACACUCCAACUGUUGAUAAUGCGGAAAUGGUUUAUAUUUCUUCGUUGGCAUUACUGAAGGCAAGCCGUGCUGGAGUGCCAAUGGAAGUUAUGGGCCUGAUGCUUGGAGAGUUCGUGGAUGAUUAUACUGUACGAGUAAUAGAUGUGUUUGCCAUGCCUCAAAGUGGUACUGGAGUUUCUGUGGAAGCAGUAGAUCCAGUUUUUCAAACAAAGAUGUUGGAUAUGUUAAAGCAAACGGGACGUUUUGAACAAUUGAAUCAACGAGCUGUGGCGGUUGUGGUUGAUCCUAUCCAAUCUGUUAAAGGAAAAGUUGUUAUUGAUGCUUUUCGUCUCAUUAAUCCUCAAAUGCUUAUGCUUGGUCAAGAACCGCGUCAAACUACAUCAAAUAUUGGACAUCUUAACAAACCGAGCAUUCAAGAAGAAUCAACAAUGACAGCUGAUCAACUAAAAACUCGUCAUGUGGGCAAACAAGAUCCUAAACGACAUUUAGAAGAAAGUGUAGAGGAAGUUAUGUCUAACAAUAUUGUAAUGGCACUUGGAACAAUGAUAGAUUCAGUCA